AUGGCGACCGUCAUAUUCUUCUGGGUAGUGAUCUACCGCGACAUAUCGACUGAGCAGAUGUAUACUGACAUUCUCAGUAUGCUGGCGUCAUGUCCACUAUGGAGAAGCAGUGUCUUCCUCGUGUCUUUAGCCGUGUCGCGGGGACUUGGCCAAACAACCACAGCCGCUGCAUAUUGUAGCCCAUCCACGAGCAGUGGAUACCUCAGCACUAUCCCGUCAUGCGCUUUAUACUGCGUCCAAGACUUCAUCCGUACACAAUAUGCCGGCACCUGCUGUUCCGGGUCUCUAGACUGUCUCUGUCGGACAAAUACUACCAGUGGCCUUACCCUAGGUGAAGGCGCGUUGGCAUGUAUAGUGGGUUCGUGUUCGUCGGAAAUCAUCUCGACUGCAGGCUCGGCUGCAUAUGAGAUAUGUAGCGAUGUAUCCGGUGCGUUGCCAGAGACGCAUGCGGCAAUUACGGCGACGAGGGUAUCUGUUGUUACUGAGACGACUCAUUUGGUCACUACAACGUCUGUGGGCAGUACAGCGCCGGCUACUAGUGUACUUGUGACGAGCACGCCUAAGAGUUCGUUGGUGACUACAAAGACAACGACAGUACCAUCGACAAUCACUAUGCUACCUGCAACGACAAUAACGACAUCGACUACAACGACUAGGUCGACCUCUACAUCGACCACAUCAGCCGCCGCGGCCGCUAAAUCAUCAUUAAGCUCACCCGCUGUGAUCGGCGUAUCGAUCGCAUCUGGUGUAUCAGCCAUAUUUCUCAUGGUAGUAGCAAUGAUUCUCUGCGGCAGAAGAUUACGGCGUAGGAAGCUACGACAAGCUGCACCACAGAGUUUUGAGAUUGGAGGCGAAAUGAGUGAACCGCCGGAUUUUACUGCUGCUGUUGUGCCGCAGUUGUUGCCGCCGACGCAGCCCUCGCAUUUACCUCGGGGUACGACUACCGAUAUGGGUGCUGCGACUGGGCCUAAUUUUCACCAGUUUCCUCCGCAUCCGGUGCGAGAGCAGGGUCCUCUUGUGAUUUUGACGCAGUCCAGUCCUGCAAAUGGAAAUGCAAACACGAAUCAAGCCAUGUCGCCUGAGACGGAGUAUAAUGCGUCUCCACAAAGUCAAACGUCGCAACGGACGAUAUCUCGUCUUUUACCUGAAGGAACAGCGAGACAAGGGAUAGUUCCCGAGCCGUUGAGGGUUAUUCGUCAGCCUGCAGCCAAUACUAUCAGGGUUGUAGGUGGUCCUCGACCAGCUAGUGAAGCAACCGUUAUUGAUGAAGAUGAAUCACAGCCAAGCAGCAACAGUACCUCCACCAGAAACAACAUAUUUGGACCGCCACUGGAUAAAUUGCGACGUGCAUCGCGGGGAAGUCCCAUGCGGGUCGUGGGACUUCCAGCUGGUCCUCGAGCGAUGCUUUCUCCGUUACGGACGAGACAGCAGAAUCCGUAUGAUAGCGGGAAUUCGUAUAAAUGGGAUAAAGAGGCUGUUCCGAUUCCUGCGUCUCGCUCUCCAGGAUCCAGUCUCUCUCCUGCAGAGCACGUCAAUGAAGCAAGAGAUUGGGGCAAACCGCAAAGAAACUUCUCGCGUCUCGGACGUGGACCACGAUCACUAACGACACCCACACGAACAAAUCCAAACACACCCUGGUCUCGAAAUACCCUUUCCCGAAACGGCUUUGAAGUCGCGCCGGUAGAUUCAAGCUACGAAACUAUCAUGUACGAAGAUGAUUAUACAAUGGCAGAUCGCAGCAAACUCUCCAUACCACGACAAUCCCAGCAGCAGCAGCAACAACGAUUAUCACCGGUAUCCGAACGAAUCCCACUUCCUACAAAGUCUCCUCUUCGAUACCCUGCGAUCCCUCUCUCGGCAGCGAUUGUACCCGCGACAGCACAGGGAAUGCGUAAAUCGCAUGUUGCGGAGGUGUAUUAUGAUGAUUCACACGAAUAUCCCACGACUGUCCCACCGAUACCACCACCCGAAUCAAACCCGAUUCAACCAAAAUUCAUCUAUGAACUAGGGACCGGUCAACGAUCCCGCUCCGCCAGUCCCACCCCCAGCAGUCCAAGCAGUCUUCUAGCUAAACGACGCGGCGAGUCCGUAGCCGAUAAAAUGGAGACUGAAUUCAGGAGUGGAGUUCAACCGAAACCGGGAGUUGGUCGGAAGGUUGUGGUUACCAGGAACAAUACUGAUGAGGGUAUUCAAUCACCUCCAUCAGCAAAGAAGCAUAAUAUUACGCCUACGAGACGGGGCGAGGAUCUUUAUUUACGUGUUGAUUGA